AUGGCGCGGGCUGGUCUCAAAACGCACUCCUACCUGAUGACGUUCGCCUACAACAUCGGCCUUGGCGAGUGGAGAGACCAGGCCCGGCGAGAGCAGGUGAAGGCCAGCCUGCAGGACACUUUGGCCACGUCCGGGGGCCCAGCUUACGACGCCGUUUUCCGGCACUGCUCGGCUGUGUUCGAACGGGACCGGCCGCCUCCCAACGGAGCUUGGACGGCGGAACACGCCGAGCAGGUGUACGAGGAGUUGAAGCAGCGCACUUGUUGGGACGAGUCUGAGACGAGGAUUGGCUGGCAUUCGCCAUGCUCGGGGGGGGGGGGCGGCGCGCGCUGCGCCCGAAAACGCCCUUGCACCUCUCAGGUGCGAAGGCCCGUCGCCGCGGGUAGCCCACCUGUGGCAUUUGAAAUGCCUGCAUUGCUUUCGGGGGCGUGGGCGGAGCGGAGAGUAAAGGGCUCCUCCCUCGCGGCCGCCGCUGCGCCCCUGGAUGACAUCGAAGAGGUGCGCCAGAGGGCGCGCAAUGCUCUCCCUGAGGGUACCCUGGAGCAGUGGCAAUUGAAGAGGCUCCUUCCGCCAAAGUGUAGUAUCUGGAACGACUGGCGCCGCCAGUCGUGGUCAAUCCAUCUCGCCGGCCACGCUCGGGACUCCGAGCCCUGGUGCGAUUUUGGCCGGGACGGGGCUGCGUUUACCUUGAUCGCCCGGAUGUGGCGCCUAUGGCUCGAUGACAACGAUCUUGAGCCAGCGGUGUGCCCAGUGGAGGGCUUGCUGAGCAACUGGUGA